AUGACCCGCCCAAUCGUCAUCCUAGGCGCCGGCGUUCUAGGCCGCCGCAUUGCCUCAGUCUUCAUCGCAGGCGGAUACACAGUCCACAUCCGCGAUCCCUCCCCUCAAGCCCUCAAAGACGCAGCAACCUUCAUCGACGCUCACCACGGAGAGUUCACAGCAAUCACACCUAAACAUCCCGCUAGCGGUACCUACGCCACAUUCACCGAGAUCCCGCCCGCUGUCCAAAAUGCCUGGCUCGUUAUCGAAGCCGUCCCUGAGAAACUCGAUCUCAAGAUCUCGACUUUUGCCGAGGUGGAUAAAAAUGCACCGGCUGAUUGUAUUAUUGCUAGUAACAGCAGUAGCUUCAAGUCGAGGCUUAUGCUCGAUGGCGUGAGAAAAGAAAGGAGAGAACGAGUAAUGAAUAUGCAUUUCACGAUGCCUCCGGGGAUUCACACGGUGGAGUUGAUGACUUGUGGGGAGACGAAAACUGAACUAUUUGGGGAGUUGAGUGAGGUGCUGAAUAAGUGCGGGAUGGUUCCAGUUACGGCGAGGAGGGAGUCAACUGGCUUCAUCUUCAACCGCCUCUGGGCCUCCAUAAAACGUGAAAUCCUCUUUAUCCUCGCCGAAGACGUCAGCACCGCGGAAGAAAUCGAUCUCCUUUGGAAGAAUAUGUUCCAGCUACCACAGAGUCUUCCACCUUGUCAGCUGAUGGAUAAGAUUGGACUGGAUACAGUUGCCUUUAUCGAGGAUAAUUAUAUCCAGGAGAGACGGCUUGAUGGCGCUAUGACUGUGGAUUGGUUACGAGAAAACUACAUCAAGGAGGGGAGGUUGGGGCUUAAGAUUCCGGAUGGUGUGAGUGAGGUACAGCAGCAGCCGCUAUAUCUGUUGGAUGUUGGACUGGGUUCGAAUAACUCAGAUAUCAAGCAGAUACCCACUGCUGGGCGGAUUCUACGGUUUGAUCCAGCUACAAAGAUUGUUACGACGCUGGUUAGCGGGCAAUCACUUCCAGAUGGGAUUGAUAUCUCUCGCUCCGCUGGCUGGAUGUUUUGGACGAACAUGGGCCGUGCAACAUCGACGCAUGAUGGCUCUGUACACUCUGCGAAACUCGAUGGUACGGGUAUCCAGACUUUGCUUCCAUCUGGGACAGUGCAUACGCCCAAGCAGUUAGUCGUGGAUGAUGUAUCUCACAAAAUCUAUUUCUGUGAUCGGGAAGGGAUGGGCGUGCAUCGAUGCAACUUCGAUGGGUCUCAGCACGAAAUCCUCAUCAAGUCUGGGAAUCUGGACUGCGCUGAACAUCGGGCAGAUAUGACAAGAUGGUGUGUCGGAAUCACAAUUGACACAUCACACGGGUAUGUGUACUGGACGCAGAAGGGACCCAGCAAGGCUGGUAAAGGCCGGAUCUUCCGUGCUGGGCUUGAAAUUCCUGCUGGGGAGACAGCUGAGAAUCGAACUGAUAUCGAGUUACUCCUUGACGGACUGCCGGAACCGAUUGACCUGGAGCUUGAUGAGAAGUCACAGCAGCUUUAUUGGACGGAUCGGGGUGAGCAUCCGACGGGAUGUUCAUUGAAUAGUGUGAAUUUAGGUGGCCCGGUGAAGUCGAAGGAUCUUAAGAAUCAGAAGGAGAUAUUGGCGCGUCAUUUCAAUGAACCGAUUGGGUUGAAGCUUGGUGUUGGUGGGGAGGUUUAUGUUGGGGAUCUUGGGGGAGUGUGCAUUGUGUGA